AAUCAGUCUACAGAGCUCCUGCAGCGCUGCUCGAGGAGAGAGCGGAUCACUGCACGUUUGGUCACUGCAAAAGAUGAUAAAAUAACGUGUAACAUGUCUGAUAAACACUGUCCCAGUCAGUGCCAACCUGCCCUUCUGGGUGGGUUAUUUAUGACAAACAUGCUUCAUUAGCCACUGUCCACAGACACAUCUGUCACCAUGGAGACUGCCACAGGAAGUGAGGAUGUUGGGGCAGCAGGGGGGCAACAAUCAGACUCUGUUUCCCAUGAUGCUCCACAACCUCAGUCACAACCUUCAGUGAAAAUACGCAAGACUGGUUUCAAGUUUUUUGGUGUUCGAAAGAGCUUCUGUGUCCUGCCAAGCUUUUUUGGUGGCCUUAGCAGAAGUCAAGGAAAGGGCUCAUCCAAAACAGGUGUAACAAAAAGCCAAACAUAUGAUGGGGUGAGCAGAGCAUGCUGGGAAGAUCUGGAAAGAGGCAGCGCUGAAGUGGCCUCAGGGGACUUUGAGUUCUGCAGCUCUAGCGAACCACUGAAAACACAGGAGGAUCACAGGAAGUCCCAAUCACUUCCGCGGCAGCGGAGAGGUCUUCGGGGUUUCUUUAGCAGCAUAAAAAGACACAAAAAGAACAAAAAUGUUGUACUGGAAAAGCGUGAGACACUUGAAAUGUCCUUAAGCCUCUGUGCCAAAACAGUGUCUGGUGCCCUGUUGAGCGUCAGUGAUAGUAGCGAUAACUAUGGCGACAGUCAGGGCAAAAAGUUGGUACCAGAUGUGCCUAACCAAACCGCUGGCAGUGGGUGUAUAAUGCCAUUGGCCGCCACUGCUGCUGAAUGUACAAAAGAUGUAACUUUAGUGCCUGAGAAAAGCAGAGGAGAGAUGGAUAAAAGGAAGAGAGUAGAAGAAGAGGAGAAUUGGCAAGAGAAGCAAAUCGAGAGGCGGAAAGGAAUGACUACAUAUCAUCAACCUUUGUCUGCUGAGUCUGAUCUAGACCGUUUGGCUGAGCAGAAUAUGGACAUACCAGAUAGGGAGCUGCCUGCUGUAUCCUGCUCAUCUGACAGUGUGAACUUAAUGUUUGGUGAUGUUUCAUCAUUGAAGAGCUUUGAUUCGCUGACAGGUUGUGGAGAUAUCAUUGCAGACCAGGAUGAUGUCAGCGUUGCUGAAAGCACAGUGUCUGGUGAGAGAGGUGGCCGAAAUGCUGGAAAGCGGAGCUCCUGUUUUGUCACGUAUCAAGGUGGAGGGGAGGAGAUGGCAACACCUGGAGAGAUGGAAGGAGAUUACUUGCAGAGCUUAUGGGAAUCAGAAGCUAUUGAUGAAGUUUGCUACGUCUCCUCGGACAGGGGCUCAGACAGCCCUUCACUCACUCCUGAUCAGCAAAUCAGCUCCAUUCGUGCAAACACCAGCAGCAGCCCAUUGGACAUCACAGAAAUGGCCCUGAGCCCCGCUAACCUUUUGAGCCCUCAGAGUGAUCGUCAAGAGUCUGUACCCAACAGUGACGAGGGAUACUAUGACUCCACCACACCAGGAAUGGAGGAGGAGAAUAGAGAUCGUCCAUAUCAGGAAAGGCUUCCACGGGACAGCUACAGUGGCGAUGCCCUUUAUGAACUUUUUGAGCCUGACGAUCGCCUGCUCAGCCCAACUAUUCCUCCUGCAAGCUUGCAGGGUAAUAAGAGUCCAACCAACCCUCUGUACACCCUGGCAUCCACUGCCCUAGAGACAGGUGCUAUGGAGACGGAGGAGGAGCGUCUGAGCAAGAUUCAGCAUGCCCUUCUGUGCUGUGAGCUCCAAAAUCUUAGAAGCCCAUCCAAAGACCAACUUCUGUUCCAUGAUGACUGCUUCUAUGAUGAUUCAGGUGCUACCACAGGCAAUGGUAAGACGGCUUUAGAGGAAGUUAUUAAUCCGCGCUAUCCUCAAUCACCACCAAGAUCCCAGGCAGAACCAGUGAAAGAACCAGUGCCUCAAAGCAGGGGUCAGAUCCAGGGUAGUCCAUUGUUUGAAUCUCAUGCAAGUUCAGGGCUUAGCCCAAAUGUUCCAGAACUACCCAGAUUGCAUAAAUCCAAGGAUCAAAGCGCCUUUCUGCCUACCAGAGGCUGCAGCAAAUCCCAGGAAGAGCUGAUGGUCUGUUUUUCCCAAGCGCUGGUAGAUUUUACAAAGAACACCCGGCUUUACUGUAACUCCACAGAGAGUCUCGAUGGCUCUGAGACAAGUUCUCCUUUUGGCCCAAGUCUGAAUGCCCUGCCUGCCAUUGUCACAUUCGACGUGGUCGACAUGGAGAAUGAGUGUGAAUGUGAACAGCAGACCGAGCUUGUUGAGGAGGAGGAAUCCCCUUAUGAGCCCUGUGAAGAUGAUGGCUGUUACCUGCAGCAGGAUGCCUUUGCAGAGUGUGACCAGCGUACCAUUGAUGCCUACGAACAAAGUCUGUUGCUUAGUAACGUGUGGGGCAUCACCAGCCUUCCACGGCACCUCAGUUUGGGUCGGCCAUUUCCCCCAGUCCCUGCCCCAUUAGCACUAAAUCGACGCAGUCGCUCACUUGAUACGGACAGUCUGGAGUUUCAGACUAGUGAGUUUUACACCUAUGACUCAAAGAGUAGGACUGGAGAAUGCAGUGACGUGGCGUUAUCACGCCAACCCUUCAGGGUAACUGUGGAUGGUUUGAGGCGGGGUUGUGGGCGGGACUUUGAAUCUGCCCAGCAAAGCAGCUCCUCACCUCAGCAAGAGCUGCUGAAGUUACCACAUGUGAGCCAAUCCGUUAUUAGACCUUCACAUCUCCCCUUACAGAGAAACUGUCAUAAUCGUAACCUGGCUGGUGUAUUCAGAGAUGAUGGUGAAGGGGAGAUUUUGUUUGGAGGAGGGGAUGCGCUUUACCCCUGCAGUUACCCCCCAACAAGCACUCAGUGGAAGAAUCGACCUGUUGGGGUCACUCAGGGUGUGCCCCACCUUUGCUCUGAGCAGUCCGCUAAUCUGAGAGAAAUUAAAAUAAAGAGCAGGAGUGGGGAGAAUGAGGGGACUUUACCAUUAGACCCCCCAAACCAUAAAUAACAUACAAAUUACUCUCCUGCUCAAAAUAAAAAGAAUAAUGCAGUUAGAAAAGUCUUGUCACUAAAGACAAAGCUGGAUGUUUACUGACACUGAAUUUUAUCACACAAUUGCACCAUACACUCACUGUAGUUGCUGUUACUGCUGGAUAAGCUAUAGUAUUCCUUUGUGAUAUACUUUGUAUAUUUUAAGCUACAUUUUAGCUUCUGUGAGUUUAAGAGGAAGUGUUUAUCUGUUGUCUAUAUACAGAUUCCAUAUUGCUUUACAUAUUUUGCCAGUGACCCAGGUAUUUUGUUUUUUCGCUAUAUGUUUUAAUUAUGUUUGCAAAAAGACCACAAUCCUAUGAAUGAAUUAUUUUAGCACAAGAAUGAAAAAUGUGCUUCAUUGGCACAUUCAUUAGAUUACUGAGGAGGACCUAGUUAAAGGUAUAGUUCACCCAGAAAUGAAAUAUCUGUCAUUAUUUACUUAUACUUAUGUUGUUCCAGACCUCUAUGACUUAAUUGCUUUAUUGGAACACAGAUGCAGAUAUUAGGUAGUGUGUUAUUCUCAGUUACCAUUCAUUUUCAUAGCAUCUUUGCAUAAAAUGAAAGUGAAUGGUGACUGCCUAACUUCUACUUUUGUGUUCUAUGGAAGAAACACAUAAGGGUUGAUGACAUAAAUGAUGACCGGGUUGACUUUCAAAGUAUACUUUUUUCACCUUUUUUACAAACACAUUCGACAGAUGUGUGCUAUGACUGCUUCGUGAUAAUCUUUUAAAGGCAGUCAAUGACAGGUGCAUGUGCUAAUGAUUCAUAUAGUCGAGCACUAUCCGCUAAGCUAGAAAAUCCGGGCCCCAUAAAGACAGUCCGUGCAGACUACUGCUGACGAAAUUUACAUCACUUCAGACAGUACAUUUUCCGAUCAGCAGCACGGAUAACUGAUGUAUACUUUGGCUUUAUCUUUAAAACAUAAAUUUUUUUUCUGAAGCAAUAGAUUUUUUUCUUGUAAUUGAAAAGAUGCUGUUACAAGAUUUUUAUGUUUACUUCUUGGAAUCUCUUAUGAUGCUAGUCACACAUUUGUUUUCUUAUUUAAUAUUUACUUUUUUUUUUUAUCUCAAAAGAACACUAAAAUCUAUUAAGUCACAUAUUCAGUAUUUGGUGGCAUUGCCAACAUUUUUUGCCCAAACCCCUAGUAAUCUUGUGUCGACUAUUUACAUAAGACUUGAACAGGACAGCAGAGACAUUAAAGGGAUAGUUCACCCUGUGAACUGACAAUUCUGUCAUCAUUUACUUGCAUGUUGAUUAAAUCCUGACAAAUUUUUCUUCGGUGGAACAGAAAUGGAGGUUUUAGGAAGAAUGUUAGCCUCAGUCACCAUUCACUUUUGUUGUUUGGAGAAGAAAAAAUGCAUUGACAGUAAUUGUGACUUAAGUUAACAUUCUACCUAACAUCUCCUUUUGUGUUUCACGGAAGAAAGGAAGUCAUAAUGGCUUCAAUCAAGAUAUGAGUGAGUGAAUUAUGACAGAAUUUUCAUUUUUGGGCUAAGGUUUUGCAUUUUGGGUUUCUCCAAUUUGAAUUACUUGGGGGUCGAUUUGCUGAAAUAUGUAGCCAUUGUUUAAUUUCCUUUUUUUGCUGCAAAACAGUAUGUGUUUAGUUGGAUGUACAGUUGAAGUCAGAUGUUUACAUACACUCAGGUUGAAGUCAUUAAAACAAUUUUUUUAACUACUCCACAGAUUUCAUAUUAGCAAACUAUCGUUUAGGACAUCUACUUUGUGCAUGACACAAGUAAUUUUUCCAAAAAUUGUUUACAGUGUGUUUCAAUUUUAAUUAACUAUCACAAUUCCAGUGGGCCAGAAGUUACAUACACUAAGUUAACUGUGCUUUUAAGCAGCUUGGAAUAUUCCAGAAAAUGGUCAAGCCUUUUGGCAAUUAGCCAAUUAGCAUCUGAUUAGAGAUGUACUGAAUUGGAGGUGUACUUGUGGAUGUCAUCAUGGGAGAGACACAUUCUGUCUCCUAGAGAUGAAUGUAGUUUGGUGUAAAGUGCAAAUUAAUCCCAGAACAACAGCAAAGGACCUUGUGAAGAUGCUGGUGGAAGAAGGCAGACACGUAUCUAUAUCUACCAUAAAAUGAGUCCUAUAUCAACAUAACCUGAAAUGCUGCUCAGCAGGGAAGAGGCCACUUCUCCAAAAUACCAUUAAAAAGCCAGACAAUGGUUUGCAAGUGCACAUGGGGCAAAGAUCUUACUUUUUGGAGAAAUGUCCUCUGGUCUGAUGAAACAAAAAUUUUACUGUUUGGCCAUAAUGACCAACGUUAUGUUUUGAGUAAAAAUGGUGAGGCUUUCAAACCGAAGAAUCAUCCCAACUGUGAAGCAUGGGGGUGGCAGCAUCAUGUGCUUUGCUGCAGGAGGGACUGGUGCACUUCACAAAAUAUAUGGUACUGUGAGGAAGGAAAUUUAGUGGAUAUAUUGAAGCAACAUCUUAAGACAUCAGCCAGGAAGCUAAAGCCGGGUCGUAAAUGGGUCUUCCAAGUGGACAAUGACCUCAAGCAUACCUCCAAAGUUGUGGCAAAAUGGCUUAAGGACAACAAAGUCAAGGUAUUGGAGUGGACAUUACAAAGCCCUGAUAUCCAAAAAUUUGUGGGCAAAACCGUAAAACGUGUGCGAGCAAGGAGGCCUACAAACUUGGCUCAUUUACACCAGUUCUGUCUGGAGGAAUGGGCCAAAAUUCCAGCAACUUAUUGUGAGAAGCUUGUGGAAGGCUACCCAAAACGUGUGACCCAAGUUAAACAAUUUAAAGGCAAUGCUACCAAAUACUAACAAAGUGUAUGUAAACUUCUGACCCACUGGGAAUGUGAUGAAAGAAAUAAAAGCUGAAAUAAAUAAUUCUCUCUACCAUUAAUCUGACAUUUCACAUUCUUAAAAUAAUGUAGUAAUCCUAACGGACCUUAGACAGGGAAUAUUUUAUGAUAAAAUGUCAGGAAUUGUGGAAAAACUUAGUUUAAAUAUAAUUGGCUAAGUUGUAUGUAAAAUUCUGAUUUCUACUGUAUGUGAUCCAGUUAUCAGCCAUAUAUGGAUAUUUGCAUAUCCUGAUAAAUUUCAGCAUACAGUCUGUCAAGUAUGGCUCAAAGUCUUCAGUAAAUGUGAUCUGUGUAGUUUAUAAUCAAAGGGUACUGUCUUGAGUCCUUUUAUUGAUAAUGUCAGAAAGCCUUUAAUGACAAUAUGUGAUUGUUUUUCAUUGUUGUACUUGAGUCACGAUCAUUUACCCUCAUCAUAAUGCCAAAUUCAGCUUUACGCACUUACCGUUUUUAGUCAGUGCUUAUAUUUAGCUCUUAAGAAUGAAACAAUAUUUGUGAAUCCCUGCAAUUAAAUCAGUGUUUGUUUGAUAUUGAAUAUUCCAGUUCUUUUUAUGUUGUUUUUGUAUUUGGUAAAUUUGUGAUUGAAAAUGAAUGUCCAGACCCAGACAUUUUCACUGAAAUAACCAAAAGCAUAGGAAUUUUUUUUAAAUUCUUAUGUAUAUACACAGGCAAAGAAUGUUUGAAUAUCUCUCAACAUUUCUAUUUUUUAUUUUAAAUACUUGAAAACAGGAUUAAAACGCAUAUCAACCCGAUUACACGCCUUACACAAUGUCAUCCCACACACUGUAGUCAAGUAGGCACAUUCACACACAGGACUCAAAUUUGAUUGAAUCAUUCCUUUACUGGAAAUAAACCCUUUGAGAGAUCAGUAUUGCAAGUUUGUGAGUUCUUUUUUGAGUACCAUCCAAAGUGUUGUUUUGUUAUUCAGUGACUGAUUUCUGCUACGUAGGGUGUGAUCCUUGAUCAAAAUCAUGACACAAUAUUUCUAACCAUUCAGAUUUUAGUGA